AAAGAGUAAAAAGGGAAGAAAGAAGGGAAAAAGAAUAGAGGUGGGAAAAUUUAAACGUCCGCCACUUUUGCUGACGUGCAAUUAAUCGGACUUUUAUUUUCCUUUUUCACUAUCGUGUUGUGCCAGCUUCCAAAGCUUUUUUUAGUGCCUUUGCUCAUGGAUUCAAAGUGGUCUAUACAGAACACUGAGAGUUUGCCUGGUUCUCAGCGCAGCAAAUCUUCCAACACAGCUAAACUGGUGCGCAAUUACCGUAUUGUGUAUGACCCGGAGCUGGAUCGCAGCCAUGCCAAACAAAGCGCCACACCGGUAUAUCGAUUUGAAGAUGAAGUGGAUAAAUCAGUACAACCUCGAGAUCCACGAUUAGCUGUUCUCAAUUAUGGCAAACAGUUAAUUCGUGGUAGACGGCCACUAGUCAAAGCUCUCAAAAGAGUCCACUGGAAGUUUGAUGAACAUUCUGUAGGACCGGCUCCCCCGACGACGGUUUUACUCUCUCAACUGUCACCAUUAGCUACCGAAUCACAAAUUGCCACCUAUCUUUCAGUAUAUGGGCAAGUGGAACGCGUAGAGAUCGAAAAGCACCCAGCCACAGGCGGCUCAUUAGGCAUUGCUCGAGCAACGUUCAUCAACGAUGAUGAGGGAAAUGGUCAUACUGCUGCGUGUAAUGCGGUUGAGAAAGGCAACGGCCGCAAAAUGGGGUCCUCAUCUUCUGUCAAAGUGGAAUUCGAUCCAACUGGGGACAAAUUAAAAGCAGCCAUAGCCGAGGUGACGCAGUCACUGACCGUAUCAGGCACACCUACUACCACCACUACCACUGCCACUCAUACCACCACCGUCCCUCCUACCACACAAUCGACAUUGCUCAAACGUCCCUCCGAUGUAGAUAUUCAUCGCCGACCGUCAUCCCCACACCAUGAAGAAGGUGAAGUUGUCGAUGAUGAAUCCCCGCGACGAUCACGCCAUGAUUCCAUGUCAAUAAGAUAUGACCGUUCACGAGACUAUCGAUACGGAGAAUACCGCAGCUUUGAUGACGAUCAUCGAUAUCGGGAAGACCGAUAUCGCUAUGCGCCCUCCUACGGACCACCACCGCCACCGCCACCUUCACGGUAUGGAUCCAACUCGAGAAUCGAAUCCGAUCACUACGAGCCAGCGCCACGCAUAAAUCGACCGCCUUCCGCUUGGGGAAACCGACGGAGUCCGAGCAUUACUUCAGAGAAACGCUAUGCUUCCAGUCGUAGUCGAAGUCGAAGUCGCAGUAUCAGUCGAGAACCCAUGAGCUAUUACCCGAACGAUUAUGCAUCUCGAUCCACCCGUUGGGAACGUGACCGCCCGAGGGAUUUGGACUGGAAACGCGAGAGAGAAAGGGAGCGGGACCGCCCUCGACGUCGAAACGAUUAUUGGAUGUCGGAAGAUCGACGAUCGCGUGAGCGCCCUGCGUCCAGACCUUUGAGUGAAACCCAACCAUCACUCAUUAUCUCACGGAAAUGCUUACCUUUUAUGCGCGGUAUACUUGAAGAGUUACGCAAAGCAUUCUACCACUUUAAUUGUAUAGAUAUCUAUCAUGAUGCUGAUGACUGGUAUAUCGUAUUUGAUUCCAUGAAUGCUGCCAAGCGAGCCUUGGCCGCCACCGACAAGACGCAAGUACUGGGCUAUACCCUUGAAAUAUCGUUUCGACAACCAUUACUGCGUUCCGAUCUCCCUUCUGAUACGACGACUUCUAUUCCCGCUGCUUCGUCGACCGUCACCACACCUACAAAAGAGAAAGAAAGAGAAAACGAACCCAUGACCGUGGACACACCAAAGGUUGCAUCUUCCUCACAAUCACCUGUAUCGUCUCCGAUGAAAAAAGCAUCCCCUCCCAUGACGAAACAAGACAUUAUCAAGCUGUCCAAAGGAUUGUUGCUGGAGCAACUGGCGGAUGUGUUCAUCAAAGAUCUGAAAAACCGAAUUGUGAGCCCUAUCAUUUACGACUUUUUGAACCCAGCAAAUCGUAAGGCACGAGAAAUCAGAGAACCCGAGCCCGCUGCCACUGAACCCAAGCCAUCAUCUCGAACAUCCGAUGCAAAACCUGUGAACGACCAGGAAACCUCUUCCCCACCCACUUCUUCUCCAUCCGACAAUGUUUCAUCGCGUAGUAACAGCGUUUCCACCCCUCAAACCGCAUUAAACGCAGAGCAGGCUUUAUUGGGCGGUCCGUUACCCUCAUUGAGUCAUCUGCCACGGUUCAAAAAACGAACAUCAUCUUCCGCGUCUUCAUCUCAGUUGAAUACACCUGGUAAACCCAUGGUUCCUGAACCCAUUGCGGAAAAGAAGCGACCUGCGGAACUGACAGCGGAAGAGGGAGAAGGGGAAGAAUACGCGGCCGAGAUGCCACGAAGGAAGCGACAUGCGCCUUUACAGAACAUUUUUUCAAGCUCAGAAGAGGGCGAGUAUCAUUCAGGAACUGAAUCGUCGAGUGACGAUGAAACGGCCGCCGCGACACCAUCCGCCCCCGUUGCACCCAAAAAAGUACUUAAGCAGCAACCAAGACGGCUUCGUGACUAUCUCAGCGAUGAAAACGAUAACGAUGAAGAUCAGCAUGAUGCCUUUUUGCGUGAAUUGCACCGACAAGAAUUGAUGGAACAAGAUUCAAGCGAUCAUGAGCGUCGUGAAUUUAUCGAUGAUAGUGAAGAUAUGGAUGUCAAUCGACCCGCGGAAACGAAACGUAAGAAGAAGCAUUUAGUAGUGAAAUCCAGAAAAUACGAUACUUUUGAAGAGUCCUUUGACGAAGACGAUGAAGAGAUUCUGGCAUCCGCUCCGCCGCCCAAACGUAAGCGACCAGUAAAACCCCGUCGUUUACCAAAGAAGAAAGAAAGCAUGAAGGAAAAUGCUCGCGCGGAACCUCUGGAACCAAAAGUGUCUGUGGAUACCGAAGAAGAAAAACCCAUUGAUGACACCAUGGAGGAAGAGGAAGAAAAGGAGGAAGAAAUGGACCAGACGACCUGGGAACAAUUGUUGCUGGCAUCAGAUGAUGAGGAUGACGAAUUAUUGCUGAAAGAUGAGGAUCAGACGAUGGCGCUACAUGAAAAUCCGGAAUGGGAUCCGUUCCACCAAAUACAAGACAUUGAAGACUUUGAAUUUUUGCGUAACGUUAUACUGGAAAAGCUGCGUCCACAACAAGAAGGCGCGGAAGAACGUCCAGAUGCCAUUGAACCUGUGCAUGCCGAUACAAUGGACAAAAAGGGUGGAUGCGCUCGAGCCCGUGGCUAUUAUCCGAUCCCCGAUGCCGUGAAAGCCACAUACUUGCCCAAAAAUAAGGCAGUUUUUGAUACGCCGGCCGUGGCUGGACGUAUGACUUCACGUACGACCCGAGUGAACAACCGUCGUUUAGCUGUGGGCAUGGUGAUGCAAAAGAAAGCGUUGGCCGAUUCCGAUAUUCUCAAGUUUAACCAACUAAAAAGUCGCAAGAAACAACUGCGGUUUGCUAAAUCGCCUAUUCAUGACUGGGGUCUGUUUGCGGAAGAACAUAUUGAUGCGCACGAUAUGGUGAUUGAAUACGUCGGCGAAGUCAUUCGACAGCAAGUUGCUGAAGAACGGGAAAAGAAAUACGAACGUUGCGGAAUUGGCAGUAGUUACUUGUUCCGUGUGGAUGACGAUAUCGUCAUUGAUGCCACCAAAAAAGGAAGCAUUGCUCGAUUUAUCAACCAUUGUUGUACGCCCAAUUGUACCGCUAAAAUUAUUACGGUGGAUAAGCACAAGAAGAUUGUUAUUUAUGCGAAUCGCGAUAUCGAGCCUGGUGAAGAAAUCACGUACGACUACAAAUUCCCAAUCGAAAAUGAAAAGAUUCCAUGUCUCUGUGGUAGUGCAGGUUGCAAGGGCACUCUUAAUUAGAUUAUUCUGUUCAUUCGCUCUCGAGUCCCACUCACCAUUGAAAGGACACUUGUACCAUAUUUGGUUUCCUUUUUAUUCCUUUACUUAUUUUCUAUACUUCCUCUGCUUUUAUCAUUUCUCUCUGUACAUAAUUAGACAAAGGGUUCGUAGCACGUGGUGCACUUGUAAAAAUGACAACAACAAUAUAGUUCAUAAUGGUAAUAAACUUUGAUAUGCUGCG